AGGAGCGGCGGAGCACCACUCAGCAGGGCACCGUUCCUCACCGUCGUCGCCACCAUGAUGUGCUCCGCUCUCAGGUGGUCAGUAUGGCUACUGUGUGCCUCCAGCCUCACCAACGGCCAGUUCAGUAACCUCCGGCCACUACGAGGAGUCCUGCAUGACCUGGGAGGCUUCGGGGACCUCAGCAACAGCGUCAGCAGCAGCAGUAGCAGCAGCAGCAGCGGCAGCAGCAGCAGAAGCGGUCAUACGCCCGUGCCUCAAGACGUGACCGAUGCCUUGAAAGCGGGAUUGGAUAUUGCUCAAGAAAUACUAGACAUGGAGACAGCUGAAGGGACCCGUCUGAGGACCACGCUGGAGGACCACCCGCUGGAGCAGAGCGCCAUGCUUCUUUUCAACUUCAGACGCGCAGAGCCGGAAGCCAAGCGAGCUGCCGCCUGCCAGGGCAGACUUCUGCUGGAGGCUUCCAAAUUCUACGUGAAGAGGUACAACAUAUCUGCCGAGGACGUCCAGUAUUUCCUGACGGAGCUGAACGCGCUGAUCGAGCCGGAGGAGUGCCGGAGGCUGAGGCCCCGAGGCUGCGAGGCGGCGCUGGGGCCCCCGCGCUGCUCCCCCCUCUACCCUUACCGCUUCGUCGACGGCUCCUGCAACAACCUCCGCAACCCCAAGUGGGGGGCGGCCAUGACCCCCUUCGUCAGAUACCUGGUCCCUGCUUACGAGGACGGUGUGGAUGCCAUGCGGGGUGAGGGCCGGACGGGUGAGUGGGCGCUGCCUUCACCUCGCACGGUGAGUCGAGUGCUGCACGAAGGGGAGCGGCGCCCCCCACUCCCUCACAUGACCCUGAUGGUGAUGCAGUGGGGGCAGUUCAUUGACCACGACAUUGUCCACACCCCGGAGGCGGCAGUGGUUGGUCACAACGGACAGACGAUGCCGGUGACCUGCUGCAGGGACGGGGGUCUCUUCAACGACCCCGUCGACUUGGCCGAGGCUUGCCGGCCCAUCGACGUCUCGGCCGAUCCGCUCUUCGCCUCCAAUGGCAGGAUAUGCAUGAGAUUCGUGAGGUCUCUCAUCGCCAGCAGGAGCUGCAAGCUGGGUCCUCGAGAACAGCUGAACCAGGUGACAGCGUACGUGGACGGGUCUACGGUGUACGGGUCCACUCCAGAGGUCGCUGCCAACCUCCGGACGCACCAGGGAGGGAGACUCCGCAGGUCCAGAGGUCCGGGCGCCGGACAGGGCCACUUCCUGCCCCAAGUCACAUGUGGUCAUAGUGGAGUCUGCUUCAGGGCAGGGGACGAGAGAGUGAACGAACAGCCCGCCCUGACCUCCAUGCACACACUGUGGCUGCGGGUCCACGAGGGCCUCGCCGCCCAGCUCGCCGCCAUCAACCCCCACUGGGACGACGAGAGGAUCUACCAGGAGAGUCGCCGGGUGGUGGCAGCUCUGAUCCAGCAGACGACCUACAGAGAGUUCCUGCCUCUGAUCCUCGGGGACGCCCUGAUGAGAGAGUUCGACCUGUACCCGAGUCCCAUCGGCCUUCACCCCACCUACGACCCGAACGUCGACUCCUCCAUCGCCAACAGCUUCGCCACCGCUGCCUAUAGGUUUGGUCACACUCUGGUGAACGACAUCCUGGAGGGCGCCGGGAGGAAUGUGUCGCUUCUGGGGAGCUUCAUGGGCCCGCACGUGCUCCACGAGUUCGGCACGAGUCCCUCGGACCUGCUGCACGGCCUGGCCACCUCGCACUCCCAGGCGGCAGACUCCUACAUCGUCCCCACACUCACCAACAAACUCUUCGCCAGACCACAAGACGCUGUUGGACUAGACCUCAUGGCCCUCAACAUCCAGGAAGAAAGGAGUGUGGAGGACAUCGACUUGUUCCCUGCAGGGCUGGCGGAGGUGGCGGCGCAGGGCGGCCUCCUGGGACCCACACUCUCCUGUAUCAUCGCCCAGCAGUUCUCCAGUCUCAAGAAAGGCGACAGGUUUUGGUACGAGAACAGCAAACAACCUGAGCCAUUCUCUAAAGGUCAGCUGGAGGCGCUGAAGCAGACCAGCUUGGCCUCCGUCAUGUGUGGCCACCUUAGCCUCCACUCCCUCCAGCCCAGCCCCUUCCUCACCCCAGACAACAACAGGAACCAACCCCGGAUCUGCAGUUCCUACCCGAGGUUGGACACGCGACUGUGGCGGGAGGUGUUGCAGCCUUCCUCAGUUCCUGUCCCUCAGCCUGUAUCUCAGUCUGUGCCUCAUCCCACUCCACAGCCUACACCAAAGCCCACGCCACGGCCUACACCAAAGCCCACUCCACGACCUACUCCAAAGCCCACGCCACAGCCUGCACCACAGUCUGUACCAUAUCCUGUACCACAGUCCAAGCCACAGCCUGCACCAUACCCUGUACCACAACCAAUACCAACAGAGUCGUGUCGAGGCGUCGGGGUGUGGCGGUACCUGCCCGGUAUAGACGGCUGGUGUACCCUCAACUGUCUCCAGCACACCGUGUCCUUCUGCCCGUCCACGCAUUGCUACUGUCCCUUUUACUACUGAAGGGGCCUCCCAUCGCCUUUGCACACAGCAUCUAGGUUUCAACAGACGACAUCCCUAUUCAACAGUGUUUGGACUCAACAAAUGGUGUCUAGAUUCGACACACGGAGUCUAGAUUCGAUAAACGGCGUCUAGAUUCGUUAAACGGGGUCUAGAUUCGAUAAACGACGUCUAGAUUCGAUAAACAGCGUCUAGAUUCGACAAACGUAGUCUAGAUUCGACAAACGGAGUCUAGAUUCGAUAUAUGUCGUCUAGAUUCGACCGAUGGCGUCUAGAUUUAACGGACGACUUGCACAUUCAACAGACGGCACCUAGAUUCAAGAGUCAGCACCAAGAUUUCCUCAGGCAGCAUCGACGUGCCCUAAAACACUGACCAACUGCGCUGGACACGUCAACCUGCACAGACAGUACAGACCGAUAAUGUACGUUGGCCUGUACGUAAAAAACGCGCCCAAAUGUUUGAUUGGAACAUGUUGAGGACGCGUGACAGUGGUCGACGCGGGUUGACAUGAAUCGAUAGACAAUUAGUGCGAAAUCCGCCGCCAAUAAUUCGAUUAAUUAUUUAAUAUUACAAGCAAUUUCAGUGACGAGGAGUUAGGCAAGACUUAUGUGAAAUUAAUACAGGGUUAUCCAUCCCAGAUCUCAUUACUUAUUUUUAAACGAAACGUUCAUAUUAGAGAUUAUGUGUUGCAUCUGCAUGUUGAUCCCAGGUCAGGUGUGGCGGGGUCGCUAUACACUCGAGCGAUGAUGCACGUUCCGAAAUGUACAGUGUUGUAUACAGGGACUUGAGACUCUGUGUAUGGAAUAUACAGAUCUCUCAACAGGUACCUUGCUUGGUGCACCGUUCGUCCCAGCCUGGUGUGGUGCACCAUGCGCCACAGCCUGGUGUGGUGCACCGUGCUCCACAGCCUGGUGUGGUGCACCGUGCACUCCAACCUGGCUAUAACCCAGCCUCCGCAGGUGCUCCUGUUACACCGAACGCACUAUAUACACCAGUCUUUCAGCCACAGUUAACUGGAUCAGUGUGUGAUAUUCGUGGGCAUUCUUACACGCUUAUUGUGCAACCUGAUCAACAGCCCCCCCCCCCCCCCGCGUUGCUUGCAAGAGUGUGGUGACAGCCGGGGUCCGGGAGCUACCAUCUGAUCAGUGUUGAAGCUUUUAGGUAGAUAUUUCUGUUGACAUGCUGAUUUGUGUUUUUUUUAAUAGAUGAAUAAAGCAGUCAGAAGUGAUUGUUUGUGGCACUCAUUUGUGAUUGUUUGUGAUACUCAGCAGUAAUUGUAGCACUUAGUUGUUAUUGUUUGUGGCACUCAGCAGUGAUUGUAGCACUCAGAAGUGAUUAUUUAUGGCACUCAAUCACUCAUCAGUGAUUGUAGAACUCAUCAGUGUUGAUGAUACUCAGCUGUGGUUGUUACAGCAGUGAUUGUUGAUGAUAAUACUCUUAUGACAUAUCUCUAUGUUCUCGUCAUUAAACAUUAUGUGAAGGAGUUUCUCUGCUCUAAAUAAAACUGUAGUGUCUUUAA